AUGGAUAUCCUCGCUGCAGAGGUCGACCGAGUCGUCUUUACUCCAUAUCCUACUCAACUAAAGUCUCUCCAUGAUAUCGUCAACCAGACAUCCGAAGCCGAUAUAUGUCUUUGGGCUUCUUGCUAUAAAUGCCGAGUAUCUUCUUUGAGUCAGGCUCUUAUAGAUGCUCUCCCACAAUGGCCAUAUGUCUUGGAAAUCAUCACUCGCCUGUGUUGUGCUGUUGACGUCAGAAACUCGCUCGUGCAGAGGGAGCCAUCACUAUUGCCUCGUCUCUUGACCCAUGCCCUGGAGUCGCGAGCUGAAAGCAGAAAGGUAUCACCAUGGCAAGGAUACCAACCGAGUCGCUCCAAAUUGACUCAUUUACAGUAUGUGGAUGCUGCUGUAGGCAUUCUCUCACAUCCCCUGCCUUCGGAUGUGGCUCUUCCGGCGACUUCUCAGAAUUUUUUACUUCAGCUAUUCGACCGUGCUGCCACGCAGCCCAAUGCUACGACUGUUCGACAAAUUCACCACCUAGUCUACGGAGCCUGCAAGCCUAUUCUUGGUGUCCUAUCUCCAGGCGUUUUGGCUCAUCUGGAAGAGUACAUCUUCUCAAUCCUCAAAAGCUCCUCUGGUGUGGAGGACCAAUCUUUGGGCAUGUACUGUCUUGCUAUCAUGAGGAUGAUUCUCGAGAAGUUUCAAACUGAAGUGGGAAGCGACGGCAUCUGGCCUACCUUUGACCAUCCUGCCGACUCUUCAAAUUCGCAAUGGACGCCCGACGCCAUCAAGCAAUUCUUCCACGGCAACAAGACACACAAAACGAUGCAGCUGCUUGUCCUACGUGUCAUUUGGGCUUGUAGACCGGAGUCAGCAGAUCCCACCGAACAAGGCCUUACUAGUGUUACCUUGGUCAAUCAGAUCCUUGCUGGCGUAUCUCAGUCUGCUGCGAUUGAAUGGUCCCACAAGAACGUGGUCAUUGUGCGGAAGUUACAAGAGAAGUGCCUCGUACCUGAUAUGUUACCUGCUCUUCGUUUUCAGGUUUUGACUUUCCUAAGUUCACUGUCCGAUAAAGUCGUACUGCCACCUCAAGCAACGUUAUUCUAUGAGAGAUCGCUGCUGGAUUUGGGUGCCGCAUUUCUGAGACACGAUCAUCUAGACAUGUCUCUUCGCCUAUCAUUGUAUCGUUUAUCCUCCAAGUUCAAGCCUGAGUGGUGGGGAGAAUUGCUCGACAAAGUCAUGGAUCUGUUGACCGAAGCAUCGCCGGCCACUGUUUUCAACUCGGCGGACAGCUACGUCUUAUUUCUUCGUCACAUUGCUGACAUGGUUGACGACAAUGAGUUCUGCCGCCGUGGUAUACUGGCAGCUUUGCAUUCUAGCCAUAAUCGACAGAAGCUGGAAUACUUCUUCGUUGAUCUUGAAAAGUCAUCUGAGAUUGAUACAGGUCAUGGCAUGAACAGAUUCUGCGUUGCUUCAUACGCGUCUUCGAGGAACAGCUUGAAGUCAUCUCUUUGCUCGUUAUUGCUCCGAGCGGCUCUGGCUGCUCCGCAGGAAGAGACCUCUUCAAUCCGCCGCAUGUUGCCUGAGAUCCUCCGACACCAUGCGAUCGUUGAUUCAAGCAACCCAAUCUGCCACAUCUGUAUUCAGACACGUCUGAGAGCGCCACAACGACCGGCGCCAUUCGUGGAGAUUGAAGCCACCCCUGAGUCGCAAGACGCAAGUCUUCAUUGGAAGGAGCGCCUGGGUGCGGUGAUGCAGAUGCAUGCCAAGUAUCAGGAGACGUCUCUGGUGGCUUCCUUCAUCAACAUCUGUCAUGAUUUGGAAGCAAGAUGCGAGAGUGUCGAAGAACCACUGAGACUGGAGCGUCAGAAGUUCACAGGCCUUGAGAAGCGAUACGCAGACUUGAACAAGUCAUACGGAGAGCUCGAAGGCCAAGUCAUGGAUAGAGACCUGCGCAUUAACGCCCUCGAAUCUGAGAACGACCGCCACGAGAAUGACUUGGCAGCAUCCUCUCAAGAAACACGAGACUUGAUGCAGCGAAUCGACGUCAUCACGCGAGAACUUCAAGAAGCUAGUCACAAGGCUCAAAGAGAUAUCGACCAGCUGAAGAAGGAGAAGCAGGACCAAGAAGUCCAGCACGCUACCGCUAUUGCCUGCAAGCAGGAGGCUUUUGAACAAGUGCGCGAGCAACUCCACCAGGCUAAAUCGGAAAUCGAGAACCUGCGCUCCGAGCUUGACAACACGAUGGAGUCCAGAAGACACGAUAACUCAGAAUAUGAGAAACUGUUGUCCGAAAAGGAACAAGUCGAGCAGCAGCUUCUGGAGAGCCAAGAUCGCAUCUCUCAAAUCGAAGACGAACGAGCUACGCUACUCGAAGGCCACAGUCUACUGGAGCAAGAUAUCUUGAAGCUGCGGCAAGACAUCAACGGGCGCCAAGUGCAACACGAAACUCUUCUCGCCGAAAUUCAAGCCAUCAAGCAAAACUCAGAAGAUGAGGCUAAGAAGGCGUUCACCGACUAUGAGGAUACCAUGUCGAGAACCAAACAAGAGUGGCUGAGUGUCAAGAGUCAUCUUGAGGAGCAACUGGAAGAAGCCCGACAGGAUCUUGCCGAAGCUGAAGACGGCUUCCAACAGCAAAACGAGGCCAGUAAGCAGAAGACCGCGGAUCUUCGGAGACGUAUCGAGCGCUUGACCAAGGAUUGCACGAAGAAGGAUGCUCAAGUCCUCGAGGCACAGGAGAUGAGGAACCGACUGAUGAAUGCCAUGGGCCUCACUGGCAUGAUGGCUCCCCCACCAGAGCCCGCGAAAUCGUCAGUAUUGCCUGUGCGAUCUGCUUCUACCAAUGAAGCAACCCCACGAACCUCGUUAGCCUCACAAAUGCCCUUCACACCUGCACCCGGCACACAGCACUCGGAUGAUGAUCUUGAGGACGAAGAACCAAACAGUACUUUCAUGUCUGACGCCUCGGUAGAUAAUGGUCCUACCCCCAAGCGUGCAAGACCUCGUCCAUCGUUGAAGCAAACGGCUACACAGGAGAAAAGAACGAGCAUCGCACCACGGUCAGCAAGAGCUAUAAUGCGAACAAAGAGUGCUAUUAAGAGACAGCCUCUGCAAGACAUGCCGACCAAUCGAUCGCCUGUGCGAGCUAGAUCUCCGAGCAAAGUUGCAUUUCACGACCUCCAAAACCAUAGCUUUGGAGUGGCUACUGCAGAAAGACGGGAGCUGGAAGACUGGUCAUUUUCUGCUGAUCAUGUGAUGACUGGUACCCCAGGUGCUGGUCUAAAUAACAAGGGAGAGAAUGGUUUGGAUGAAAGUACUGCGAAUGUUUAG